AUGGCUGGUGAAACUUUUGAAUUUCAAGCUGAAAUCACUCAGUUGAUGAGUUUGAUCAUCAACACUGUCUAUUCUAACAAGGAAAUUUUCUUGAGAGAACUGAUCUCCAACGCUUCCGAUGCUUUAGACAAGAUUAGAUACCAAGCUUUGUCUGACCCAAAGCAAUUGGAAACCGAACCAGAUUUGUUCAUUAGAAUCACCCCAAAACCAGAAGAAAAAGUUUUGGAAAUUAGAGAUUCCGGUAUUGGUAUGACCAAGGCGGAAUUGAUCAAUAACUUGGGUACCAUUGCCAAGUCUGGUACUAAAGCUUUCAUGGAAGCUCUUUCCGCUGGUGCCGAUGUAUCCAUGAUCGGUCAAUUCGGUGUUGGUUUCUAUUCUUUAUUCUUGGUCGCUGACAGAGUUCAAGUUAUCUCUAAGAACAACGACGACGAACAAUAUAUUUGGGAAUCUAACGCUGGUGGUUCUUUCACCGUUACUUUGGACGAAGUUAAUGAAAGAAUUGGCAGAGGUACCGUCUUGAGAUUAUUUUUGAAAGAUGACCAAUUGGAGUACUUGGAAGAAAAGAGAAUUAAGGAAGUCAUCAAGAGACAUUCUGAAUUCGUCGCUUACCCAAUCCAACUUCUAGUCACCAAGGAAGUUGAAAAGGAAGUUCCAAUUCCAGAAGAAGAAAAGAAGGACGAAGAAAAGAAAGACGAGGAAAAGAAGGAUGAAGAUGACAAGAAACCAAAAUUAGAAGAAGUUGAUGAAGAAGAAGAAGAAAAGAAGCCAAAAACCAAAAAAGUUAAGGAAGAAGUUCAAGAAUUAGAAGAAUUAAACAAGACUAAACCAUUAUGGACCAGAAACCCUUCUGACAUCACUCAAGAAGAAUACAAUGCUUUCUACAAGUCUAUUUCUAACGACUGGGAAGACCCAUUAUAUGUCAAGCAUUUCUCUGUCGAGGGUCAAUUGGAAUUUAGAGCUAUCUUAUUCAUUCCAAAGAGAGCACCAUUCGACUUGUUUGAAAGUAAGAAGAAGAAGAAUAACAUUAAGUUGUACGUUCGUCGUGUGUUCAUCACUGAUGAAGCUGAAGACUUGAUUCCAGAAUGGUUGUCUUUCGUCAAGGGUGUUGUUGACUCUGAAGAUUUGCCAUUGAACUUGUCCAGAGAAAUGUUACAACAGAAUAAGAUCAUGAAGGUUAUUAGAAAGAACAUUGUCAAGAAGUUGAUCGAAUCCUUUAACGAAAUUGCUGAGGACUCCGAGCAAUUUGACAAAUUUUACUCCGCCUUUGCCAAGAACAUUAAACUGGGUGUACAUGAAGACACUCAAAACAGAGUUGCUUUGGCUAAGUUGCUACGUUACAACUCUACCAAGUCCGUCGAUGAAUUGACUUCCUUGAGCGAUUACGUCACCAGAAUGCCAGAACACCAAAAGAACAUUUACUACAUUACCGGUGAAUCUCUAAAGGCUGUCGAAAAGUCGCCAUUCUUGGACGCUUUGAAGGCUAAGAACUUUGAAGUUUUGUUCUUGACCGAUCCAAUUGAUGAAUACGCUUUCACUCAAUUGAAGGAAUUCGAAGGUAAGACUUUGGUUGACAUCACCAAAGACUUUGAAUUGGAAGAAACAGAUGAAGAGAAAGCCGAAAGAGAGAAGGAAAUUAAAGAAUACGAACCAUUGACCAAGGCCUUGAAGGACAUCUUGGGUGACCAAGUGGAAAAGGUUGUCGUUUCGUACAAAUUGUUGGACGCUCCAGCUGCCAUCAGAACUGGUCAAUUCGGUUGGUCCGCUAACAUGGAAAGAAUCAUGAAGGCUCAAGCCUUGAGGGAUUCCUCCAUGUCCUCUUACAUGUCUUCCAAGAAGACUUUCGAAAUUUCUCCAAAAUCUCCAAUUAUUAAGGAAUUGAAAAAGAGAGUUGAUGAAGGUGGUGCUCAAGAUAAGACUGUCAAGGAUUUGACUAACUUAUUAUUCGAGACCGCUUUGUUGACUUCUGGUUUCAGUUUGGAAGAGCCAACUUCCUUUGCUUCAAGAAUAAAUAGAUUGAUCUCCUUAGGUUUGAAUAUUGAUGAGGAAGAAGAAACAGAAGCCGCUCCAGAAGCUUCUACCGAAGCUCCAGUUGAAGAGGUUCCAGCUGACACCGAAAUGGAAGAAGUUGAUUAA